CACCAUGCUCCUUCGUGCUGUGACUCGUUCUGUCAGUUUUAAACCACACUUUCGACGGAUAAGGACGCACAGCUUUCAUCUUUCAGAUCAGACCUGCCUUUAAAAAAUUAAUAAAAAAAAAAACUUCAAUUAUUCUUUUGCGGAAGAAUUAGGACGAGAUCGUCAAUUUUGAAACCUGUCUGCAUUCUUUUUCAAACACAUUCAAGCGGACAGGAAGUGGGUGUAACUACUUCCUGUGUGGCAAGUGGUGGGCGGAAGAUUUUGCUGGAAAACAACGGAAACAAAAGAACGAGAGAAAAAAAAAUGACACAGGUUUGGCUUGUCGCGCUUUUGGCCUUGUCUGUUUGCUUAGCCCAGGCACAGUUCAAGGGCACUGAUUCCCCCAACCCAGUAGUCCUGAGUAAAAGCAACAGCAGCACCGAUUCAGAGGACCAGACGCAACAUCAAUAUUUAAAUGAACCAACAUCCCUGAAACCUACAGCUAUAGCUGAAACAGUGUUGAUCACGUCUGAUGCAAAUGCCAUCACAGUAGAAGUAAAACCAAGUAGCCUCCUUACAGAGACCCGCACCACAGAGAGCCAGACUGCACCCCACACUACGGCUGCCCCUAAAUCCACCACAAAGGAGGCGUCUACCGCUGGGACCACCAUAAAAGUAACAACAACAAAGGCCCUAGAGACAACUACCGAGGAAGGAACCACCACCAGGGGGCAUACCAGCGCGGUUUUAUCCAACGCAACUACAGAGGCGUCUCCUGCUCUGGGACCCGCCCAAGACCCGACCCCCUCCGAAAACUCCACCAUCGUGGGAAGCAUCGGGAUGGGUGACGAAACCCAGGGACCCCCUGACGCGACCGCGCCCGCUACCGCUACCCCUACCCCUACCCCUACCCCUACCCCUACCCCUAUCGCUACCCAUGCCCCUGCAGCUACCCGUUCCCCUGCAGCUACCCCUUCCCCUGAAGCCAUCACCACAGCCGCUACUAAAACCAGCGCUUCAACUGGGGCCAGCACCGCGACACCACAGACUCAGAAGAAGAGCAAUUGGCUGUGGAUCGUCGGUGUUGUGCUCGUCGUCCUGAGUUUGGGCUGCUGCAUCUUCCUGGGGAUGUGGGUGAACUCCAGGAGGAAGAUGAGAUCGGAGACCCUCAACAGCAGUAGCCUGCGGAAGAAGGGCAAAGGGAACAAGAGCAAAGGGGGGGACGCCUGGGCCGGCCCCGUGCCAAUGAAAGACGACCUGGCAGCGGUCGAGAUCCAGGAUUUGGACGCCAUUAAAGCGGUGGACGCCGCCAACAAACGAGCUUCCCUCACCACCUUCUUCGCCCCGAGUGCCUCAGAGGACGUCAAGGCGCAGGAAACGAAGACAGGAGGGGGAGGAGGAGGAGAAGCCACCCAACCGCUUCUCUCUCCUCCGGGGGACGCCCCGAACGGGAUCGCGGAUGGGAUUCCUGCCGCCGUCGUGCCCCCAGCUCCGGAAGGGGAGGUUAGCUCCCCACCCCAAGCCAACGGGCACCCAGGGGGGAGCGAGGCGGACGAGGUCUUUCCACCACCGGAGGGAAGCUUCUGCUUGACGUCUUCGGUGUGAGCGGAGCCUGGCGGAGCGGAUUAUCUUGCUGGCUUUUUUUUUUUUUUUUUGGUCUUUGCAAAACGUUUUACGAACUUUUUUUUUAACAUUUUUUUAUAAAAAUGACAUUCAUGGCGAUUGAAGGUGUUUUGCGGAGGUCAGCCUCCAAUAAGACAUCAUCGGCAAUAUCAUAUCCUCUUUUGGACACUGGGUAUGCAAACUGUGUGUUUAAUAAAAGGUGUGCUGAUAUUUAUACUCGUAUAGAUAUAUUAUUUUCAUUGGCAGUUUUAUGGCCUCAGCAGAGCAGCAAAAAUACCAGCGCCUGAGGUGAGUGGAAAAUUCUCUUCCAACCAGCUUUUAAAAACAGUUCAAUCGCUGUACUCAGCGGUAAAGGCGAGAGAAGGCCAACGUUUCUUCUUUUUGAAAUCGCCGCGUCUGUGAAUUCAUUUUUUUCGUACCUGCCGAUUUUAAAAACUUCUCAAAGGCCAUUCUGAGUAGCAGCACACAGGAAUAUCCACUAGAAACUGUCUUCAGGGCAUCGGAUGAUUCUUAAUGGUUAGGUAUUGGGUUUGGGGGUUGGGUUAGGGUCAGGGUGGGUUGGUUUUGUAGAGUUGACGAGCUCUGGAAGUGAAAGGUGGGAGUGUUUGGCAAAUGCCCUCGAAUCAUCUGAUGCCCUCAGCACAGUUUCUAGCGGAUAACCCUUUCCGCUGCUUCCGAGUACACAUUUCAGCCACACACACCCCCUAGUGUUAUUUUAAGGUUUUAAUAUACAUUUCUCAUUUUUUUCUGUUCUGAAGUAGUUUUUUUGUUGUUGUUUGAUGCUUGCAGUAUUUGUUAUUUGUAUUAAUUUUUGGGGGGUGAAUGCCCAAUGUCCCCCCCUAUUGUAAGGUACUGGUAUUGCAGCACAGGGUGAGUCCUGUUCUUGGGUGCGUUCCUACAGCGGUUGGCUGUAUUCUAAUUGUUACCUUGAUGAAAGUUUACCGCUGUUUUUUUUUUACACAGUAUUUUCGCAUCGUUUUGCUCAUAGUUAAUUAGUCAUGUGAUACGAGUGGAUGAUCUGCUAAAUAAACAAAUAAUAGUAGCCUAAAUUUUAAAGAGUGAAUCGCAAUUUCCAAAAAAUAAAAGCAUAAUUAGGAGAACAACUUUUUUUUGUAUUAUUUGGCUGCUGUGGAUGAAUCUAUAAUGCAUAGCUAAUGCUAGACUAAGCAUUUGAAACGGGCUUCAUUUGUGAUGUAUAUAAUGCUCUAGGUUUUUAAUAAAAACAAUUGUUUCUA